AUGCCCCUCACCAUCUCCGUUCUACUGAGUGGCUCCCAUACAGGUAUCUUCUACCCACAGUGUAUAUUUUUUAGGGAGGGUGUUGUUAGACUAAUAAGGAAAGAUAGCAGUCAUAAAACUUUGUAUGCUGAUUGUGGUGUAUUUUCAAGUGUUAAGAUCCACAAUAAGGAGGAUUUACAAGAGUUUUAUGGGAUUGAUUACAUGACAGACGAAGAGUACGAUGUGUAUCAAAGAGUCACUAUUCGUCUAGACGAUGAAUCUAUUGCUAAGUGUCGUAGAAACUUUAAACAGGGAAAAUCUCUAAGUCAAAAUGAGACAGGCCCACUUUCUGCAAAUCUGGUACAUCCUGAAGAACCUCUUAAAGUUGCAGGAUUGUAUUGGGGAUAUGUAGUUAGGGAGUGCAAAAGUGUGGCUGAGUCAUUAAAAGGUUGUCCAUUUAAUGAAUCUGGCAAUUAUGACCUUAAAAUUGGUACCUGCGAACGUGGAGAAUUAUACUCUUUAAACACCAAACUUCCAAAAUUCAAAAAUAUGUUAAUACACUUUGGCCCAGUAUUGGGUUUGGAGCAUGUAAUGGAAGAACCUGAAAAUAAAUUUGACAAAUAUUUCAACUUUUGUAAUCAGCAGAAAUCAAGAACCAUAAGAACGGAGGAGGCUCUUCUAAUUGUACUAUCAAUUUUGUCAUUCACCAACAAACUUUAA